AUGCCACCCAAAAAGGUCCAUACCAUGCCACCCAGAAAGCCACUGACAACUCCAUUAAAGCCUUCCAAGAACGAAAUUGCUUGCCAUAUGUUUGGCCAACCCAACCCAGAGGAAGAGAUCCGUUUGUUACGCAACUACUGUACGAAACUCAUAGCAAACGAAGAAUAUUAUCUUCGAGAACUCGCCAAAUACCGCCAAGAACCACAACAGCAAAGAGCUCACCAUAAGCAGAUCAAAGACGCCGUAGCACAAGUCUCGAUCAAUCAGCCUCAUCCAGUACUUCUUACUACCCAUCGAACCCACCAAGAAUCCCAAGCACCCACCAACGCCAUUACGAAAGCUUCCCAAACACUCAACGAUCUUCUACAAUCUGCUCCAAAGCCUGAAAAACAAAAUACUACUUGCAUGCCACCACUCCCAUCACCAGUAAAAAAGACUACUGACACCCAAACCCAGUUGCCAACCACGACCACCUCUCUAGCAAAAGAAGGCCCUACAACUCAUACCACUCCGUCACCAUGCCCACCAUCCCGAACCUCCUUCAAAACUGGACAACCUCCCCAAUCUAUCCCUGAAAAAUUCAGGAGUACACGAACAACCCCUACCAUCAAUGCAGCGGUCCAAUUUUUCAGAAAGCCCGAACCCACCAAUCACCGUUUCCAAUACCUAUAUCUACAAUGCCAACAACGAACACCACGCAAUGAAGUGCGUGAUUAUCUCCGUGCCCUUGACAUUAACCCCAACCGUGUCCUAGAUAUCUCAUUCCCAGCUCGACACGUUGUUGGUCUACUUCUUCAUGUAGACUAUGUAACCCAUGUGACCCAGCAACUCAAACAACAUAAGCUAGUGUGCCUCAAAAACUUCAACCCAAUUGAUCCACAACAUCUUCAAGAUCCAUCCUACUCUUCUCUCCCAACAACGGAACGUCAACAAGUCGCGAUACGUUGCCAACGCAACCGUUGCCUUCGGGCACUAUCCUCUCUCCAUGGAAGAGUAUUACAUGCAAUUGCUUCGGCCUUCCAAUCCAAUGGAUGGCUCACGAAUACCGACAUUACGCAUGUCCUUGCAAAGACUACUCAUAUCAAGAUAUGA